AUGGAAAAGGCAGUCGAACUGCGGACUCUAGAUGAUGAAGUCCUCCAUAACCGGGGCAGGGGCUCCGUAUUGGCGGAGAAGGUCGCUGGCGACUUCGACCGCGAUCGAUAUGAAUUAGCCCGGGCAGGAAAGCAGCAGGUCUUGAAGCGUCGCUUUGGGUUGGUGAGCAUGACUGGGUUGUCGUGCGGUUUGAUGUGCACAUGGGAGAGUUUGCUUGUUGUGUUUGCGAUAGGCUUCCAGAAUGGCGGUCCGGCUGGUUUAAUAUACGGCUUUCUACUUGUCUGGCUAGGAAAUCUUUCAGUAUUCAUCGCCAUCGGCGAGCUCUCCAGUGCUAUCCCCACUGCCGGAGGGCAAUACCAUUGGGUAUCAUUGCUAGCACCGCGAUCAAGCAAGAAAUUCUUCAGUUACAUGACCGGAUGGCUCACUGUCGUCGGUUGGAUUGCUGCACUCACGGCAGUUUGCUUCUUCGUUGCGGACCUUACCAUGAGUCUAGUCCAACUGAACCACGGGGGCUUCGAAAAGUCCGGGUGGCAGGGGACGAUGCUGAUUUGGGCCGCCCUCGUGGUUUGCGUGAUCAUCAAUAUCUUUAUUAGUGGAGCGCUGCCCACGAUCGAGGUUGUUGUGCUUAUCAUCCAUACCCUGGGAUUCUUCGGCAUUUUAGUGCCUAUUGUGUACCUCACCCCUCAGCACAACUCCAUCAGCGAUGUGUUUACGACAUUCAACAAUGGAGGCGGAUGGAAUAGUAAAACCCUGGCAUUCUUUGUUGGAAUACAAGGCAAUGCGCUAUGUUUUGUUGGGACAGAUUCACCCGUACAUAUGUCGGAGGAGGUCAAAAACUCCACUCGGGACGUUCCACGCUCGAUGGUGCUGAGUCUGCUCAUUAACGGAUGCCUUGCAUUGGGCAUGCUUUUUGCGGUCCUAUUCAGCACACCUGAUAUUCCUGAUUUGCUGGGCGAAGGGCAUCUCAUGAUUCAGGUCUUUCAUCACACGGUCGGGUCCAGGGCUGGAGCUACUAUCAUGACCAGUAUCAUCAUAGUACUUGAGUUUUGCAGCGCCUUGGGAUGUCUAGCCGCCGCAUCCCGGAUGACGUGGUCGUUCGCGCGAGACAGAGGACUCCCCUUCUCGCGCUAUAUCAGCAUGAUCGACAAACGUACCACGAUACCGGUGGUAGCUAUUAUCGUAGUCACCAUUCUCUCAGCUACCCUAUCACUGAUCAACAUCGGGAACAACACUGCUUUCAACGGCACAAUCUCUCUCGUCUUGGAGGGCUUCUAUAUUUCCUAUCUACUCGCACUCGGACUACUUCUCUGGCGCCGAGUACGCGGCGACAUUCAUUGCAGCCACUCGUCAACCCUCACCGCAUUCAGCUCGGCCUCACCCUCGGAGACAUUCGAGCACCACCUUUCCUGGGGUCCAUGGCGUCUCAAGGGCCUCCUUGGAAUCGCGAACAACGCCGUUGCGAUCUGUUACCUACUGCUGCUGAUAUUCUUCAGUUUCUGGCCGAAUGCAGUCGCGGUGACGCCACAGAACAUGAACUGGGCGGUCGUGGUCACGGGAUUCGUGGUGUUGUUCAGUAUUGGAUACUACCUGAUCUGGGCUCGAAAGAGCUACACCGGACCGAUCGUGGAGGUGGAUCUCCACGAGUUGUGAGCCCCGUUCUGCACGCGGAUACAGAAUCGGAUUGGAUUGAAGUAUGUGGCAUGGUUGGAAGCCGCAGCUGUACGCUAAGAGGUGGUGGAGGAAGAAGAGGUCCAAAGGAUACACACUCGUUAUUUUUUUUCACGCUCAUUCCCAACGGCCGAUCACUUGCAUUUUUUCUUUUUUCUCUUUCCUUCCUCCUUUGGAUCGGGCAAAAACCUCAUGUGGUAGAGGUAGACAUUGUGGGCGGUACGAUUGUUUUCCGGCGCUUAGCUAGCCUAGCAGUAACAGUACACAAAUGCUAUACGAG